UUUCUUCCUGAAAAUGUGCAGGAAGAGCUCAUCUGGGUGGCCUGUGGUUUGUUUGGGAGAGGGGUGGGGAAAUCCAUUCUGACUGUAAUUUAAAAGAGAACGAAUUCUUAAAAUAGAGAUGUUGAUGUUGCAGAAAACCCCCAGUACACCCACCCUACGCUCUAAAGACCCAAAGCACGAAGGGAAGGCGUUGGCCUCCGCUGCAGCUUCUUCUGCGACCAGGCCCAAGGGGCUCCUGGGGCAACAGUCACUGAAUUGAAAGUAGCUUUUAACCCCAAGGAAAUGUGCUUUUGUGGGCACUUGCACAACAAUGGACCCCACGUGAUCUGGGGAUGUGGUGGAGCUGGGAGGGUGACAUUUCCUACAAGGUGCAGCAGAGGAGGGGACACGCGUGCCGCUUUCCCGGGUUUCGGACGGCGGCCUGUUUUGUUGUCGUCUGAGGCUCGGGGGAGGGUUUGGCUGCGUCCAAGGGAGACGUUCGGAGACAUCCAUCUUAUUUUGUUUGAAAAGUUACUCGUCCAAGCUGUCACUGUGUGACAGGUUGGACUAAAGCUAAUUUGCGACCGCCCCUCCUCUCUUCCCUGAGGAUCUCCGAGGCCCCGCGGCCGACGCGGUGCUAAAUUGGGCGGGGACUUUGGACCCCAGCUUUCCCGCGCCAGAGCUCAGAGCCGAGCAGCUUGGCAGCGGGAGCCCACGAAAGAUGAGGACACCGACUUUCGGGAUAAAGGCCGAGGGAAGAAAAAUCAGGCCCGAGUGAAUUCAGGAGGAGGGAACCUAGGGGGCCGCCCCCGCGUUCCAGGAGGCGGGCUUUGCACCCGCGAAAAUACACGGGAGCAACAGCUUCUCUGGGCAAGCGCUAGCGCUGGGAGCAACUCUCUACGCCCGAAGUCGGUUUGGAGCUGCAGAAGUUAGUGGAGGGUCAGAACUCCCCGGAGCCGCCGCCGGGGCUCCUACGCGCGGGACCCUGCUCGGCCCACGCGGCAGCAGCAAACACUUUGGCGUGGCCGGGGCGUGGCCGAGAAGGUGGGCCACGCCCCCUUUCCCAAUUCCCCUCCACUCUCCGCUCCCAUUGGUCACGAGGAUGGCCAAUGAGCGCUCGGAUCGAGGUCCUACCCAGGGUCUGACUCCGAAGCUCCUGCCAAAACUUUGGGAGUUUUUAGAGAGGAGUUUUUUUUUUUUCCUCUUAUUACUUUUUUUUUUUUUAAAACUAACGGAUUAUUAUUGUUGUUGUUUUAAAUUUAGCUCUUAGGGCUUAGCUGUUUGGGUUUUCUUUCGGUGCCCGGCCCCUGUCUCCCCGGCUUCCCUGGCGUGUGCGGAGCCGCGGCCCCCGCCCGCCCAGCCGCUCCAGCGCCCCUCGCUCGCCUCCAGCCCGCGAGGAGCGCGGGCGCCGCGCCGCCUUUAAAGUGAGGCCAGGGGCCGAGGCUGUGACCGGCCGGGAUCCGGGCCUCGCCUCUUCUCUCGGUGGCGCUAGGGCUCCCCGGCCUGUCUUCAGUGCGGACGGAGAAGCGAAAGCGGAUCGUCCUCGGCUGGGCUGCCGCUGCCUCCAGGACUCGGCGCGCUCCUCCCCGCGCACCCACCCACCCACUCACUCGGCCGGGCCCGGCCCGGCCGCGGCGGCAGUUCGGCGCACCCAGCCAGAAUGUUCGCCGCCGGGCUGGCUCCCUUCUACGCCUCCAACUUCAGCCUAUGGUCGGCCGCCUAUUGCUCCUCGGCCGGCCCGGGCGGCUGCUCCUUCCCCCUGGACCCCGCCGCGGUCAAGAAGCCCUCCUUCUGCAUCGCAGACAUCCUGCACGCCGGCGUGGGGGAGCCGGGGGCGGCAGCGGAGGGUCUGGCUGGGGCCUCGGCCGCCGCCCUCACCGCGCACUUGGGCUCGGCUCACCCGCACGCCUCUUUCCAAGCUACCGCCAGAUCCCCGCUUCGACCCACCCCGGUGGUGGCGCCCUCCGAAGUCCCGGCUGGCUUCCCGCAGCGGCUGUCUCCGCUCUCAGCCGCCUACCACCACCAUCACUCACAGCAACAGCAGCAGCAGCAGCCGCCGCAGCAGCAACAGCCUCCGCCUCCACCUCCACCCCGGGCUGGCGCCUUGCAGCCCCCGGUCUCCGGGGCGCGGGUGGUCCCGAACCCCCCGCAUAGCGGCUCAGCCCCGGCCCCCUCUAGCAAGGACCUCAAAUUUGGAAUUGACCGCAUUUUGUCUGCAGAAUUUGACCCCAAAGUCAAGGAAGGCAACACGCUGAGAGACCUCACGUCCCUGCUAACCAGCGGGCGGCCCGCAGGGGUGCACCUCCCCGGCCUGCAGCCCUCCGCCGGCCAGUUCUUCGCGUCUCUAGAUCCCAUUAACGAGGCUUCUGCCAUCCUGAGCCCCUUAAGCUCGAACCCGAGAAAUUCAGUUCAGCAUCAGUUUCAAGACACGUUUCCAGGUCCCUACGCGGUGCUCACGAAGGACACCAUGCCGCAGACCUACAAGCGGAAGCGCUCCUGGUCGCGGGCGGUCUUCUCCAACCUGCAGAGGAAAGGCCUGGAGAAGAGGUUUGAGAUUCAGAAGUACGUGACGAAGCCGGACCGAAAGCAACUGGCCGCGAUGCUGGGCCUCACCGACGCCCAGGUGAAGGUGUGGUUCCAGAACCGGCGGAUGAAGUGGCGACACUCGAAGGAGGCCCAGGCGCAGAAGGACAAGGACAAGGAGGCGGGGGAAAAGCCCUCGGGCGGAGGCGCGGCUGCGGACGGCGAGCAGGAGGAGCGGAGCCUCAGCCGCUCAGAGGGCGAGGCCGAGAGCGAGAGCAGCGACUCCGAGUCUCUGGACAUGGCCCCCAGCGACACGGAGCGGACUGAGGGGGCCGAUCGGUCUCUGCACCAGACCACGGUCAUCAAGGCGUCGGCCCCGGGCGCCCUCCUGCCGACCAGCGGCGGCGGGAGCGCCGGCAGCGGCGGCGUCGGCGGCAGUUUCAGCUUCGCCAGCCGGCGNCCCUCAGCGGCGCCCCGCAGAGCCCCGAGCCUGCCCAGGCACCGCUGGGCGGCCUGUAGACUGAGUGAGGCCGGGCCCCGGGGCCCGCGUGCCGCCCCCAGCCUCCCAGGGUGGGCUGGAUUUGGCGCCUGCUUUGUGUUGGGAGUGGGGCCGGGGCCGGAGACGCCGCCGCGGAGCGCCCUUGUCCACGGUCCCACCUGCCUGUCGCUGCCGCGCUGGUGCCCAGAGCCCAGGGGGCUCAGUGCCCGAGACCCCGCGCCGGCCAAACACUUCUCCCGGGCCGCGAGCAGUUCACACUGUGAAGUGUUGGGCGAAACAGUUCCUCCCCGCACUCGGGGUCGUGACGCAAAGACGAGCUGCACUUAGGACGCCACAAACGUGUAAAUAAAAUGUUUACUAAGGUUUGUAAAA